CUCACUCUCCCGGGGCCCGUUGGCAGGGGGGCCGUCACCUCAGAGAGCGCUGGAAUGGACGGGAGGAGACGGGAGGGCUGGGGGGAUCUGCACCCUGCACUUGCGUAGCAAUGCAUGCCGAUGGAAGGCUCGAGAGUGAGGAUGCCUGAACCACCAGGCCAAGACGCCGGUCCUGCAUCUCUGACACGGCUUACGCGUUGGUGACGGCUCACACACCGCGACUCAGAGGGCUAGAAGCCCAACGAGAAAAGAAGACUUUUUCUUCUCAGUCCUGGUACAGGCCACUGCAAGCCAUCCAACGCUAGCUGUAGGGCCUGUGAGGUGGCACCGUGGCAUGGCAGUAAAUGGCGAACGGUGAAUGGAGCAGCUAGUGGCCAGGCUCCGUUUCACAGGCUUGUGCGACUGUCCACUCUCCACUCAUCCACGGCGGAGUUUACCAGCUCACCACCCGCCACCCGACAACCAGCCUGCAGGGUCGGCAUCUUGCUUCCCAUUGGCCCCAAGUACCUCAGAAAUCCCGCGAUGACCCAGGGACGUGAGGCCACCGAUUGGUCGCCCCCUGGCGGACCGCCAUCCGGUACCUUGCAUGGCCGAGAGCACAAAGUCAGAGCUGGUGACAAG